AUGGAGCCACGACAAAAUGGAUUCUCUAAUCACAUCAAUGGUUUCAGUUUGUAUGAUGAUGAUAUCUUACCCAUCUUUGAUCAAAGUUCAGCCCUCACAAAUGGAUACAAAUAUAAAGACGAACCUUUAGAUCUCAGCUUCUUGGAGAUUCCUUACACUCCACCAGAUCCUAACACUGGUUCUUCAAGUGUAUCCCCAGACAUCCCUUCACAAGAGGAAUCUCCAGAUGAAUUCAACGAAUGUGUUUUCAACUUCAUAGACCAGAUUCUUGUUGAAGAAGAUGAAGAGGGGAUACAAAGCUUGUUUUGUGACCCUUUAGAACUACAAGCCACCGAAAGAUCUUUAUAUGAAGCCUUAGGUGAACAAUACCCCUCUCCUUCUCCACAACUUACAUUACCCCCAAAUCUUGAAACCUCAGAAGAGAAUGAGAAUACAAACAGCAGCACGAGUUACAGCAACUCAACUCAACCCGAUUGGCCCGGUGGUUAUACUUUUGACUCAGUAUCACCCGUUACACAAACUCAAACCCUUGAUUACCACCCGUUCAUGUCAUUCAAUGAUGUCAAUGUCAAUGGCAAUAUGAAUGAAAUGCUAAAUACACACAUGGCACAAAAUAUAUUCACAGAUACCGAAUCCAUCAAGCAGUUCAAUAAAGGUAUGGAAGAAGCUAGUAAAUUCCUACCUUCUACAAAGCCUCUAGUUAUCGAUUUGGAUCAAUACGACUUGCCUCAAGAUUCACCUCAAGAUUCAACAAAUCCACCUCCAGAAGUUGUAGUCAAGAUUGAGAAAGAUAAGACAUCAUCCAAUGGGGUAGUUAUUAGAGGAAGGAAGCAUCAUCAGUUAGAUGACAAUGGUUAUGAAGAAGAAAGAAGCAGCAAACAAUCUGCUGUUUAUGUUGAAGAAAAUGAAUUAUCCGAAAUGUUUGAUCGUGUACUUCUCGGAGCUGAUACAAACUGCAACUCCACACCAUGUUCUGAAAAAGAAAAACCACAACAAAAUGGUAAUAAUAACACCCGAAACACCAAAAAAACCCCCACAAAAACCGUUGACCUUUCUACCCUUCUAGUCAACUGUGCCCAAGCAGUCGCCGCCGGCGACCGCCGCACCGCCACCGAACAACUCCACCACAUAAAACAACACGCGUCAACUUCCGGCGAUGCUUCCCAGAGACUAGCUCACGUAUUCGCCACCGGAAUCGAAGCCCGCUUAGCUGGCACCGGGUCCCAGCUCUAUACCGUCAAAACCGCCAUGCGGAUCACAGCUACCGAAAAGCUACAAGCAUAUCAAGUCUACCUUUCAGCUUGCCCUUUCAAAAAAAUCGCGUUUACAUUCGCCAACAAAUCAAUAUACGAUGCAGCUUCAACCGCUUCAAUCAUUCAUAUAGUCGACUUCGGAAUCGCGUACGGAUUCCAAUGGCCCAUUUUCAUCAAACAUCUUUCGGAGCGACCCGGCGGGCCUCCGAAGCUCCGGAUCACCGGAAUUGAAUUCCCGCAACCGGGAUUCCGCCCGGCCGAGCGGUUAGAGGAAACCGGACGCCGGUUAUCGAACUACUGUGACCGGUUCAACGUCCCGUUUGAGUACAAUUCCAUCGCGAGCCAAAACUGGGAGACGAUUAAAAUCGAAGAGUUAAAGCUUCAAAGACAUGAAUUCGUAGCAGUCAACAGCUUGAUCCGAUUCCAUAACUUGUUAGAUGAAACGGUUUUAGUGGAUAGUCCACGAGACAAGGUUUUGAAAUUGAUACACGAUAUGAAACCUGAUAUAUUCGUUCACGCGGUGAUUAACGGGUUUUACAGUGCUCCGUUUUUCGUUACCCGUUUUAAGGAGACGCUUUUUCAUUACUCUGCUUUGUUUGAUAUGUUUGAUGCGACUAUUGAAAGGGGGAAUUACGAGAGGUUGAAUUUUGAGAAGGAGUUUUAUGGGCGUGAAGCGAUGAAUGUGAUUGCGUGUGAAGGUGGUGAACGGGUGGAAAGGCCGGAAUCGUAUAAACAGUGGCAGAUGGGAAAUGGAUAUUGCAAGGAUGGAAAGGGAGGGUGUUGUAUGCUAGUUCUUGUUGGGUACCUGCUUAAAGAUGCAAACAUUUGGAGGAGGCUUUUGGAUUAAGAGGGUGAUGAAAUUUGAUGAGAAAAGUUAAUGAGAUGUGUUUUAAGUCAUGUACCAUAUGUUGCUAUGUUUUUUGUAUGGUUAACAUCUGAUAGACGUCAGCCUAGACUCAUCGAUUUACUAAUGUAACAUAUAUAUAAAUAUGUUUUUGGUAGAAGGCUAAAG